GUCAUUUCGUCGACGUCACUGAUCACAGUCAUGUUUGUUUUGUUUUGUGUUUGAGGUUAAAGUAUAUGACCACUCUCGGAAUCAACUUUAAAUGAUAAUGAUCCUUACAUUAUAGAUCAACUGCACUAUCAAUCAAGCACCACACUGUGAUUCCAAUCGCUGUGUCCUAUUUCAGUGGUUAAAAGGAUUCAUAAUGAAUUUUCCUCCUUUGAAGAACGACCGUUUAUUGCGAGCUGCUAGAGGAGAAGAGGUUGAUCGAGUUCCAGUUUGGGUAAUGAGACAGGCGGGUCGAUACUUACCUGAGUUCCGUGAAGUUCGGAAAAAGCAUGAUUUCUUCACAAUCUGCCAAACUCCAGAGCUUGCGGCAGAAAUUACUCUUCAACCAAUCCGUAGGUUUGAUUUAGAUGCUGCUAUUAUAUUUUCAGACAUUCUUGUGGUACCUCAAGCUUUAGGAAUGAUAGUAGAAAUGAAAGAAGGUGUAGGACCAGUCUUACCGAAUCCGUUAGUUACUCCGAAGGAUAUAGAAACUUUGCAGUAUCCUGUGGACGUCCGAGCAAAGCUAGGUUAUGUUUCAGAAGCUAUUACACUGACUAGACAUAAACUAGAAGGGAAAGUCCCCCUUAUUGGUUUUUCUGGUGCUCCUUUUACCCUGAUGGGAUAUAUGAUUGAGGGCGGGGGAUCCAAGACACUUUCAAAAGUAAAAGCUUGGCUUUAUCGCUAUCCAGAAGACAGCAGAAGAUUGCUUCAAAUAAUUUCCGAUGUUGUCAUCGAUUAUCUUGUGGAACAGGCAGCAGCUGGAGCUCAACUGUUACAAGUCUUUGAGUCGAGUGCUGAGUAUUUAGGACCUGAAAUGUUUAGAAGAUUUGCUCUUCCGUUUUUGAUUGAUGUCUGUGAAAGGGUGAAAUUCAAUAUCCAAGAAAGAAAAAUAGGAGAUAUUCGAAUGACUGUGUUUGCAAAAGGAGCACAUUACGCCAUCAAAGAGUUAGCCAACAGUCCUUACGAUGUGGUAGGUCUAGACUGGACUGUUGAUCCGGAAAUCGCUAGAAAACAAGUAGGUUUGAACAUCACUUUACAAGGAAAUCUUGAUCCGUGUGCUCUUUACGCUCCUACUGAAGAAAUCUCUAAAAUGGCCCAGGCAAUGGUGGAAAAGUUCGGGAAGCAAAGGUACAUUGCAAAUCUAGGACACGGAAUAUACCCAGAUGUUAACCCAGACCAUCUCAAAGCAUUCAUUGAUGCCAUUCAUCAGAUAUGAAAACCAGUAUUUGUAGCCAUAUGACAGGUAAAAAAUGUUUUUUACAUAUUUUUUUUAAAUACAGACUCUU